AUGGCGACUCCUUGGCCAAUGAGAAGAGAGAGGUGCUCCGCCUGCCUUGCUAAAUGGUCGGCGUCCUCCUUGAUGCUCCUAUGGUUGCCGUGGGUGUUGCUAUGGCUGCCGUGGACCGCCCGAGCUGAACAAGUGGGCGGGGCGAGCGGCGGGAAGGUGCUCCACGGUUCCCUUUCGUCCUCGUCCUCGUCUUCAGCCUCGUCCAGCUCCUCAGCAUGGGGCUUCAACACGAGGCAGAGCGGGGGGCAGCUGGACUGGCUGCUGUCGGAGAAGGGACCUUUCCACCGAUGUCCGGAGUACAUGGAGUUCAGAGAGAGGUUCCAGCAGGGAUUUUCUACCAGAUACAAGAUUUACAGGGAGUUCAGCCACUGGAAGGUGAACAGCCUGGCAACCGAGAAGAGAGAUUUCCUCAGAUCUCCGCUGCCCUUGGCGCCGGAGUUCCUGCGCAACCUCCGGUUACUGGGGAGACGGCCGACCCUGCAGCAAAUCAACGAGAACCUCAUCAAGAAGUACGGGACCCACUUCCUCGUCUCUGCUACCCUGGGAGGAGAGGAGUCCUUGACCAUUUUCCUGAACAAGCAGAAGCUGAACAAGAAGUCGGAGGGUAGCAGCAACAGCUCGGUGGUGUCUCUGGAGCUGCUCCAUCAGCUGGCCGCGUCCUACUUCACGGAUCGAGAGAGCACCCUGAGGCGACUGCACCACCUCCAGAUUGCCACCGCUGCCAUCAAGGUAACCGAGACAAGGACGGGCCCUCUCGGCUGCAGUAACUAUGACAGCUUGGAUUCAGUUAGCUCGGUGUUGGUGCACAGCCCAGAAAAUAAGAUCCACCUAAAGGGCUUGCAAGAUGUCCUGCCAGAGUUCCUGCGGGGGCGUUUCGUGGAGGCGGCCCUCAGCUACGUGGCGUGCAACUCGGAGGGCGAGCUGCUCUGCCGCGACAACGACUGCUGGUGCCGCUGCUCGCCGCGCUUCCCAGAGUGCAACUGUCCCUUCGCCGACAUCAAGGUCAUGGAGGGCAACCUGGAGAAGAGCAGAGACGCCUGGGAUGGCUUCAACCAAGAGUUCAUGGACUCAGAUGAAUUCAAAGCCCUGCUGAAGCGCUUACCCGCCGACCGGUUCUUGAACACGUCCACGAUCGCCAGGUUCUGGUCGGCCGACUUGCCCCUCCAGAAGCGCUACGCCCAGCUGGAGUCCAGCACCGCCCUGGUCAUGGGCAAAGCCCAGAAGGUCGUAAAGAAACUGUUCGCCCUGAGCAAGCGGUGCCCCAAACACCCUCGCAUCAGUCUGCCCAGGGAGAGGCCCGUCGGUUUCUGGCUGAGCCGGGCUCAGUCUCUGCUCUACUGCAAUGAGCACGGCGUGCAGGGCUCCUUCUCCGAGGAGGUGAAGAGCUGCAGCUGCCCCGCGGGGCAGCCCACCUGCCAGGGAGCCGUUCCCUGCGUGGUGAGCACCUCCUCCACCUCCUGCUCCUCCUGCGCCGCCGACAACGCCACCCGAUGCGGAGCCUGUCAUCACGGCAACCUCCUCCAUCUCGGCUCCUGCCGGCCGAGCGUCGCCGCGUCCCUCGACCACUACUUGAAUUUGGACCUGGACAUGCCGGAUGCCGAGGUGAAGUACCUGCUUCAGCGACUGGACAGCAGAAUCGAGGUGCACGCCAUCUACAUCAGCAACGACGUCCGCCUGGGCAGUUGGUUCAACCCCGCCUGGAGGAAGAGAAUGUUGCUGACGCUCAAGAGUAACAAAAAUAAGUCCAACCUCAUCCACAUGCUGAUGGGCAUUUCUUUCCAGAUAUGCUUGACAAAGAACUCGACACUGGAGCCCGUGCCUGCGAUUUACGUCAAUCCUUUCGGGGGAAGUCACUCAGAGAGCUGGUUCAUGCCGGUGAACCAGCCGGACUUCCCCGACUGGGAGAGAACUCGACUGGACGCCGUCGUCACGGCCCAGUGUUACAACUGGACACUGACCAUGGGCAACACGUGGAAGUCCUUCUUUGAAACGGUACACAUCUACCUGCGGAGCCGCAUACUCACGGACGAUCCGACGGUGAACGAAACUCUCUUUUACGAACCGCUGGACCUGGACGACCAGACGUCCAACCUCGGGUACAUGAAGAUCAACACACUGAAGGUGUUUGGCUACAGCCUGCACUUUGACCCCGAGGGCAUCAAGGAUCUCAUCCUCCAACUGGACUACCCGUACACGCAGGGUACCCAGGACGCCGCCUUUCUGAUGUUGCUGGAGAUGAGGGACCGGGUCAACCGGCUAUCCCCGCCGGCGCCGCAACCCCUGGACCUGUUCUCGUGUCUGUUGCGCCACCGGCUCAAGCUGUCCGUCGGAGAGGUGGCACGCAUCAAGGACUCUCUGCAGCUCUUCAACUCCAAGCUUCCCAAUCCCUCUCCUGAACCGGAGCGGGCUCAGCUUUGCAGCUAGCUCGCUUGAGUCAGGGUUCCUGGAAGUGUUGCUAGUAAGUGGAGUUGCUGCUAGACUAAUUAGGUACAACACAAGCAUCUACUUGGACCCAAAGCCUCUGGAUUAAUAACAUCUAGAACUCUAAAGGCGUUUCUUACAGUUACUCAUGGCAGGUUUUCUCUUGACAUAUCUCUGCCAGAAAAAAAUUGCUACCAGAGUCUUUUGAUGAACAGUGGAGUGAUGUUGUGGACUUUUGAGAGAACAGCUGAUACUUGGACUCCUUCAGAAGCUCUCCUGUACAACCUGGAGGUUUACCUUUUUGCUAUUACUGCCCUGCUUUUGGCAAACUGUACGACUGGAUUAAGUUAAAAAGACUCCCUCAACACAGAUUGUUGUUUUUUUCUUUUCUUUUUGGAACCUUAGAGAGCCGACGUCAUGAAGUAUACCUAAGACAUCUGCCUUGCAAAGAUAAAGGUGGUUUUGAUAUGUAAAGAGGAAAUAUUAAGGGGUGUUUCAAACAUGAGUAAAUGAAAAAGAAGAUUUCCCCUUUUCUAACACUAUUUUCUUUGGCUACGGAACAAGCUCAUUGGGAGGGUUGGGGGUUAGAGGGUGGAUAAUAUGAUAUAUGUGGUGAAUGAGUUAUAUUAUGCUUCACGGUUUAGAAUUUGAUAUACCUGAAUCCUGUUACCGUCUUUGAAUAUUUCUUUUUAAACUCCCCCUCCCCUUGCCUUCCAUUUUAUCCGGCAUUUGAAAACGUGUAAGUACAGUAUCUAUGCUCAACAUCCGAGUGAGACGCCCCCGUUAGUGAUGUUCUGUCCUUGGUGGCGUGUCUAUACCAAAAGAAGGUGAACACAUUGGCAAACUAUCUUAAUUGUUGGGUUAUUUAUUUUUUUUGGGUGGGAGGCAGAAACUGUGGAAAACAAAAAGGUCUGAGGAAAACAGCGCUGUAAAUAACGCUCCAUCUAACCCCGGGUGUGGACAAGUGCACAUUUGCUUUUUAAAUAACCGAGUGCAAAGACCAAAAAAAAUGUUUAUAACAAAAAACAAACUCACGCCUUAUAUGGAGAGUCAAUGUUAAGAUAAGAAGCACAUUUAGUUUCUGUGUUUGAUUUUUUUUUCAGCAGAGGCUGUAUUUUGAUUUUUAUAUUUCAAUAUUUCUACCCACACAGGACAACGGACACUUUCUCCAGGAUAAGUGGUAAUGUCGCUUUUUUUCUUCUCUCAUGUAAAUGCCAGUCCCACUUUCUGCAGCUACUUGUUUUGAUUUUGGUGUCGUGAAACUUUGAGUCACUCGUGCACACCAGCACUCGCAUAUACUGUUAUUGUUCUGCAGAAACCUUCUUUCUCCAAUUAGACAAACUCUGCAACUGAUUGAACCUGGUGCCUCUUAUGGUUUUAAAAAAAAAUCUUUUUUUUUUCUUCAAUAAUUUGGUUUGGACUCGAAUAAAACAAUCUUUUUUUCUUUUCUUUCUUUUUUUCGUCCAAUGUCAGCUGCCGGUUACCGCGGCGACUGGAGCUACAAGGUUUCCCUGCAGGGCGGCGAUGGUACUUACCAGGAUGAUACUCGAUAUGAUUCUACAUUUACUUCACUAAUUUCUCACUGAAAGUCAAUAAAACCUUGUAUGUCAUUUUCAGCAGUUCUUCUGUGCUCAGCUUG